AGAUGGCUGCCAGAAGAUUUGUUAUCGCGUGGGCUGUAUGGUUCGCGUUGCCGUUGGCAACGGGCCAUCUCAACGUUCUCAUCAGCAAAGCAGAAGUAAUGAAGCUAUUAGGUUUAGACGCUGAGUUGUACUACGUAAGAGGAGGUGAAGUGAACACGUACGCUACCAGCUUCAUAGUGCCUGUGCCCGCGCAUAUAGCCGACUUGGAGUUCAUGUGGCAAGCUCUGGGUAGGAAACCGCUGCCGUACGUGAUGGCCAUAGACUACGAGAGCCGAGGCGCCAUGUUGCCGCCACAAGUGAAUAUAUCCGAGCGCGGUUUUGUUCCUACCACCCUGCAAACUUUUAGGGUUCGCCUGCCGUGCACUGGUUCCAGAAGCGCCGAGAUUCUAGUCACGAUGCAGCUCAACAUAUCGUUCCCGGAUCGUUCUCAUAAAGACGUUAAGCUGCUCUUCAAGAGGAACAAGAUAUGUUGGAAAGGCUUAUCAUCAGUGGUGACGCACAACGAAACAGCACGUCUCGCUGGUGACGCAACGCACAGUUCAAGUGGCGUCCUUUUUGUCGCCGGUGGAUGCGCAGCCGCAGCUUUGGCGUUGCUAGGCGCGGCCGCUGCAGCCGGUACGCUGUAUAAAAGAGGCAGUAAAGCAAGGCAUCAUGAUUCAAUACACACAUCGUAUACCACAGCGGCAUAUGGCAGCCAUCAGAAUGUAUUACUGCGUCUCGACACACUCGGCCGGCCCCCCAGUUCCACGGGUUCUUAUGCAACUAUAGCUAGCCUACAUAAAUUUCCAUUUGGUAGUCGUCGGUCCCCGUCACCCUAUGCCACCACACAUAUUGGAGAACACAUAUACGCCAAACCAGAGUCGAGGGUGUCUUACUACGCUGCGUCGAAUCUUACACAUGUUUCACAGCAAACUAUAACCAAAGAUCGCAUCACCGACCCAGCAGAACAGCUACAGUAUUUAACGACAGCUAGAUCUAACAUUCGCCUAGAAAUCUUGGUGCACGAAGGCACCUUUGGUAGAGUUUAUAAAGGAGUGUUCAAAAAAGGAGACACGUAUGAAGAGGUCAUGGUGAAAACUGUAUCAGAUGCAGCGUCCGCCAUGCAAGCAGCUCUUUUAGUGGCUGAAGGGCUAAGGCUGUGUGGUCUAGCACAUGCUAAUGUUCUAGCGCCCAUGGCCGCCUGUGCCGAGGAAGCCCGAAGACCAUUGUUAGUUUAUUGCUGUGCCUCACACUCUUCGAAUCUUAAAAGGUUCCUGACCUCCUGUCGUCUGGGCCACCAAGCGUCUCCUGCCACCAGGGAGCUGGUAGACCUGGGGGCACAAGCGGCGUGUGGACUGGCAUACUUGCACGUCCAGCGGCUGGUGCAUGCAGAUGUUGCAGCUAGGAAUUGCAUAGUUGAUGAGAAAUUGAGACUGAAGGUGACCGACAACGGACUGUCCCGGGAUCUGUUCCCGGACGACUACCAUUGUUUGGGUGACAACGAGAACAGGCCGGUCAAGUGGAUGGCGCCCGAGACCUUGCUGCAAAACCAGUACACCACGGCUUCUGAUGUGUGGUCACUGGGAGUGACUCUUUGGGAGUUGGCCACCCUGGGCGCGUCUCCGCUGGCGGAGUUGGACGCGGCUGAUGUUGGCGCCUUCCUCAACGGAGGAUACAGGCCUUCGCAACCACACAACUGUCCUGAUGAACUGUAUGGCCUAAUGUCUUGGUGCUGGACAUCCCCAGCGUCAGCCAGACCGACCGCUCCUCAGUUACUUGCAGCUCUUCACGACUUCAGACAAGCUCUGAGUACUUACAUAUAAAUUUCCUUAGAAACUAACUUUAUAAGGAACUAACUCAAACUCUAUUCUCGCCAUGGUAAAACAAUAUGGGUGACUUCAUCAAUGAAAAUGGAAAAUUAUCGAUAAAGUGACUGCCAUAACCAUUGCUAAUAUUGCGCUCCUUGGACACAGAUAUAAAAGGAUAAUAGACAGGACUAAUAAGUAAUUUUUGAAACUUGAAUAUUAACAUUACUUUUUUUAUUAGUACACUUAUAUAAUAUUCUUUGAGCAAAUUUAAACUGUGCAAUAAUAUUACCUCUCUUCUCUUUAACUGCUUCGCUUCCUAUUUUACUUAAUCCAAAGUGCCUGCCAAAGAAACGACAGUUUUGCAAUAUCUACGUAUAUAAUUUCAUAAGUUUAAUUGUAUUUCAAUCAUAUUUGUACAUAUAUAAAUGUUGUCUUUACCAGUAAACGUUUAGAAAAUAGUCUUUUUUAUUCAACUGUUGACUGUUCCAUACCUAUUACAAAUCCAUGAUAGGUUACGCAAGAACUUGGAUAAAUAUAGAUUUGGUGUCUGGUAAAUACGAUCAAUAAUUCAUUAAGCAUAGUAGGUACUGUUGAUGUGAAAAUAUGCGAAUUAACUAAAAUAAUUGUGUCAAUUGUUUUAAAGUACGGUACUCUCGCUGUAAUAUAUUCCAAAAAAUUAACAACUUGAUGAAUUUUCAUAGGUACACUAAACAAUUAAAUCACGUAAAAUAAACUGCAUCAAAAAAUCUCAACAUAAUUCCUAUACAAAAAUAUGUGUACCGUAAUAUUCAAAAAAAUAUAUGUUGUACACAUACCAUACCUACCAAAAUUAUAUUUAAAAAAAAAUGAUGUCGAAACGUAAGAUAUAUUUUUGAUCAAAUGGUGAUAAAUAUUAUGUUAGUAUAAAAAUGUAAUUUGUCAUCUCAGAGGGGUGUUCUAACGAUAAAUAGGCGUAAGGUUUAAAAAGCUAGAUAUUAGAUUAUUAACGUUAAAUACUAUCCUUAACAUGUGAAGAAACACAACAAAAAUAUUUACCAAUUUUGAAAAUAAAACCUGCAUCAUUUGACAUAAUUAUUUUUUAAUAAUAAUUGUAAUUUUUCUCUAAGCAAUGUAUGAAGACAUAUUACCUUGAACGUAGAAAAUCCUUAUUAAAUGAAGUUCGUAAUUAGGUUAUUAGUGAAUAUGUAAACCUUAAUGAUUUAUUAUUUAAAUGACCAAAUCAUUGUUUAAUUAAGUUUUGGUUAUCUUUUGUUUUAAAACUUUAAUAAAACCAAAAAGCUACUGUAAAUAAAGAAAUUGAGCACCAAAUAUAAUUAUUAAGAUGUACAUAUAAUUGAAAUCGAUGCAAAAGGAAUUUAAUUUUUAAUGGAGCUGUAUUGCUUUAUCGAUUUUAAAAGGACAAUUUAUAUUAUAUCACUAAUGACAUUUAAAACAUAAAGCUAUGGUAAAUUUAAGAAAGGUAUGCUCGUCUUAUUUUGUUUAAUUCACAAUUAUUUUUUAAAUAUUUAUCAUCUGAUUCAAAUUUAGAAGAAAGAAAAAUCCAAAAAAAAGUAGGUUUUCCGUCACUUACAUUCUAUCACGCAAUGCACCAAAAUCAUUGUCUAUAUUAAACUUAUAUAGACAUAACUUCGAAGAUUAUUAUUAUUUAUGAAUUCAGUUUGAGUUUGAAGGUCCAAACUAAUUCAAAUUCAGAUCAGCUGUAUCCGGCAAGUUCUUGCUCAAAUUGUGCAGUACAAAUUGUCCUUUCAAUAACAUCGAUAUUUAUCAUAAGUUAGAAUAGUACCUGAGGACUCCAGUCCUAUCAGGCCCACAAAAAGGAACAAACACCAAAACAGUAGUAAAAUCAUGGAGAUGUCUGCUAUGUGGCUUCGACAAACAAAAUAUUUUUAUUGUCAAAAAUAAAAACGUACGAUAAUUUUAUUCUCAUAAACGUAAAACUUUAGAAUACGGCAAAAUGAAGCACCAAUAUUAUUUAUACCACUUUAUGUAUACACGGCUCACGCACACACUCUCACCAAGUGUGACAUUCGGCUGCUAUUACAUCAUAGAUGCGUCAUAGAUUAUCAUCUUAAGAAAUGGCAUGUUUUAUGUCACUCACACAUUGGUGCAACGCCGCCUUUGCGAUGCUUCAAUGUUUUUCAGCCACACUCCGUCCGCCUUUUUUUCUACGUCUAUGGUAUCUGUAUUUUUUUAUACUUUUUUUUUUCUUUACAAGAUAAAUAUUUUUUUUCUUUUCAGAAAUAUUUUUCUAUAUUUAAAUAUAAAAACGUAAAAUAAAUGUAAAAUUUUGCACUAAGUCCCGACCCAGAUCUACCAGGUGAAAAGGAAUUCACGGGUGUCAUAAUUCCAUACCUAUGAACAAAUGGCUAAUCGUUCAUAAUUCAUGACUUUCUCAUAUUUUUUUUAAAGAAGACAGCAAGUAUACUCGUAUAUAUUACUACGGACAUAAUAAUAUUUAGUUACUUUUCAAUUACAUCUGUAAAUAAUAAAUUAAGUCAAAGUUUCUUGAAGCCAGAUACACUGACGCCCAUGAUCGAGAAAUAUUUGUCUAUUAUACCACAAUUAUUCAUAGAAAAUCGAUAUUGGAAUGUAUUGGAAAAUUCAUAGGAUAAUAAGAAAUAUAAUAGAAUUUAGACUAAUUUAUUGUAAAUAUUUAUAAAAUCUAGCCCAUGGCGAUAAAAUAUAGUAUUAAGAAAUUUCAAUCCUUAAAGUGUAAUUAUAAGUUUUUGAUAUGACGUCUGUUCACGAAAAUAUUUCAUGAAAUGAAAUAUAAGUUAAAGUUUCAUUUUUAUUUCAAUUAAUUAUGCAAUAGAUACCACAUGCAAAGACAAGCCUAGCUAAUGACUUAGGUAGGAAUUAAAUACUCAUUAAUUUUAAACACAGGUUUUUGCGGCAAUAGACUGAAAAAAAUAUGAGUCAUCUUUUGGUUAAUGCACUCAUUCGUUUCAUAUUUAAAGUUCGAAGAAAACUUUUAUACACCUUCAUAAGUAAUUUAACAUUACUCACACUGUAAUAAUCUUUAAGUAGGGCCAAUUUAAGCCAAAUAAUGAACCUAGUGCAUUGUUUUGUAAUCUUACUAGCCAUUUUUGUCAGCUUAUUUAUACUUACAUUUAUUAACAAUAUAAAAUGAAACUUUAAAAACAAGAGUUGAUUUUCCUCCUCAAUUUGUUAUAUCUGUUAUUUUAUUACCAAGUUAAAAUGAUCGGAGUGUAAUAAAUAAAUAAUAAUAUAAUUUUUCUUGCUAUUCUACCUAACUGUUCCUACUUAUUUAGUUAUACUUAUCAAGCUGAUAAUUUAUUUUUUUUACAGGAUUUUAUAUAUGUCCAUGUACUAGUUGCAUAAUUUUAUUAAACACUUUAAACCCCUGUUCUUAGUAUCUUUGUUUAUUAACUAUUAGCAUUAAUAUUAACGCUAUUAUAUAAUUGUAUUAAAAACGCAUAUGGAUUAUACAGGGUGUUUAACUCUUAGGCAUUAUAAGCGUCUAAAAUUGGUUUGAAUAUAGUUUGCGCUUCUUUCAAUAUUAGCUUGUAACUUUCUAUCUAAUUGUGAAAUCGGUGUUCUUGUAAAACUAUGGUUAAAGCACCCUAAACUAUUGUCCUUUUAGAAAAUAUAAUUAUAUUACAUUUUGUGUUAUUUUAAAAUUAGUUUAAAUUAGACCCAAUUGGAGUCAACCGAUUUUCUUAUUACUUCUUGCUAUUAUUAUAUUUUCUGUGGACUGAAAAUUAUGAACACACUUUUUUUAAAGAUAAGUUCAAGACUCAACCUAUAAUUUAAUUAAUUAUAAAUAAAUGUCUCGACUACGUGAAAAAUAAUGAAACUUAUCCCACUUCAGUCGUUGUACAUUUUAUAGAGUAGUGGUAGUCAUCUAAUGAUGUAAUCGAAUGCUGAAAUAUAAAUUUAACCAAAGAACUGCAAAACCUUUUUACUUGUGUAACUAAUAUAACAAAUUAUGAAUUUGUAGGCCAACCUUUAAUUACUUAUUGUACAUACAUAAAUAUUAACAGGCAAAGCCGGCUGGCAUACAUGUGCAUAUGUAUGCCAUAGCAACGAUUGCUAUGACUUGUUUGGCUAGCAAAAAGUAUCAGAUUUUGAUCGAAUUUUUUUUUUCCAGAAAUGUAGUGCAUUUCAUUUAAUUAUUUCUCUCCUCUGUUCUCCUUCUGUCUUUUUAGUGUAUAUACAAUAUAUUCCCAAACUUUCCACUAUACAUCCAAUAAAUUCAAAUAGUACAUUUCAGGGACAAUCAAGCUAUAUAGAGUGUUAAAAAUUAAAAAUAUGCAUGAGUGUGAUAUUAUUGACACAUUGCAUAAUCAAAUUACCAAAAAUGCAGGCGCGUAGUCGAAUGAAAUUGACAAGUUACUAAACAUUAUUAAAUAAUUAUUCAAUAUAUUUUGUUUUAAAAUAUGUUUAUUUACAGACAAAUAAGUUAACUUUUUCUGAAACACAUUUUUUUCUCUGAAUGGAAAAUCUGUUUCAACAUAAUUUUAACAUUUUCUUUUUAUUUAAACUAUAACUUUAAUAUAUACAUUUGUAAAAAACAAUUAUUUUAGAGUAAUCUGACAUUCAUGAUAAAUUUUAGAAAAUAUAUAAAUAAAAGAAGCACAAAAAAAAAUAUCCCCAAAGACCAUAAGAUCACUUAUACAAUAAGUCUUUCCUUUCAGUGAAAAUAAAAAAAAAUAGAAGAAGUUAACUUUGAAAUUAUUUACGUAAUACGUUUUCAUUUUAAUAGUUUACAUUAUAAUAUAUUAUUAUAGCAUAUAAGAUAUAGUAUAAUAUGAUAAAAAUGUGGAUUUGUAAAAACGUCGCAUAUGACAAAGAGUGCCAGAUGAAUGUGAUUGUAUGUUAAAUGUAUGUUUAUAUGUUACGUAAGUAUCUGUUUAAUACAGUAAGUGACUAUUUAAUAUGAAUGUACUCUGUAUGGCUUCAAUGACAAUUACGAGAA